UCAGGUCCUCCCCUGCAUCCGCCACGGUCCACGCCUUCUUUCCCGGACCGUUGUCCUCUCCCGUCGCUUACAGCGGCCGCCGUCCAGUACCAAGCAUACAGGGACAUCAGAUUUCCGCCAUCAGACAUCUCAAAAAGCAUCUUGUCAAACAUUUCUGCCACUUUCAGAUAGUUGUCCAGCUCAAGAUCUUCCAAGUUCCAGCUCCUUGUCAAGCAGCUCCAGCCCAAACAAAGAGGGCCAUCUUGUUCAUCCCACGAGUCCCCAUGGCAGCUGCAACCGGCUACGAUGGCCCAAAUGAUGAGCAGCUGCAUGCGUACGCCGAACUAGACUACAUUGAUCUACCCAUCUACGGGGAAAAACUAGCGGAGGUUUUUGCCGUGCGUGUUCCUGGUGCUGCCACCUCCUCCCGAGGAAACAGGCCGCCACCAUGCGGCAUGAUCCAUGUCUUUGGCCGCAAUUUCUCUCAGUCUCUGAUCUUCAACAGGAGCCAUUGCGACGACCCCACCUCCCCACAUCCCUGUGAUAGCCAGGGUAAUCUUGUGUUGACUGGUCCAGAACGCACCAUCUCGUCAGAUGGACGUAUCUCUUUCCACAUCUAUCUCCAUGACAACAGCCGAGAAUUCUCUUCUGAAGAAAGCUGGGAGAAUGGUGUGGAUUUAGACCAGGAUAUACGCAUCUACGACAGGCCAAUAUCAGUGACAGUGAAUACUCCUUAUGGUCCUGCAGAGGUGAUCUACGCCAUCAUGAGCCAGGGAGUUGAAUGCAAAGUUGCAGUGACGCUUGCUCGUCAGGAUGGAGAAGAUCCUAUCAGCCUUUUCGGGAGAAUUGUUGCUCGCAGUGAGCUGUUUGAUAUCGGUUGUGUUCUUUUCUACAACGAACAUGUGAAGGGCAUAUGUGUAGGAUCAGGAGACCUGAUUCCGUUGGCUAGAAAUCUGCUUGUGGUGCCAUUGUACAAGCUACUGGUAAUUGAGCUGGAUCUGCAUUCUUAUUACGGUGACGAGAUUAUGAGAGAAACACUAGAGUUUCAUCCCUUCACCGAAGGCAAGCAAAUGGCACGUCUUAUCAGCAAGAGUGGUGCUGAAAUCGAAGUGACGAUCUCAUUGACACAAUACUUUUUUCUUUGACAUAUUGACACAAUACUUUAGGUAAUGUUCAUAGUCCCUUCUGUUUGUGCGCUUGUAUUUGUGUGAGUAAACAUAAGCUUUUCCUCUCAUAAUUCCUUCAAUAUCAGUCCAAAAGUAAAGCGGAAGCAAAAUAUCCUGUGGCUAAAUAUUUAUGUUGGUCUUGUAUCAGAUGGACGAGACCUUUUUUAUGAGUUGAACAAAAUUGUCAGUUCUC